AUGGAUAAUCGCUGUCACCCACAGCUAAAUUUUUGUCCAAUACCACUGCGUGCGCAAUUUGUUUUCAACUGUCCACGCCCCGAGGAUCAGUUGCCACGUUACAACGAAUCAUUCGCGAAACACUACGCACUGCCAAUGAUUGCAGCUAUCUAUGCGGAUAACGAUACUACGCGUGAGCAGUGCCUCAAAAACCAUUUUCCCAAUAUAGCUACAACAAACAAUUAUACGGUGCCGUGCGGAAUCAACAACUGGGUAAAUUAA